CUGAGCUCGCGCCAUUCGCAACCGUGAAGUGGUUACCGCCAUUUGCUAGUGAUUGUUCGCUGGAAAUGGCAAAUUUGACAGUGAAUAAAGACACCUUUUACCGGCGAAUACGACGUCUUUACGCAGCAUGGAAGAAACCUGACGAGAAUCAUGCCUCAUUUGGUAAAAUGGAUGCACUUGUUUCUGCUGUUGGAGUUGAUGAAGAGAUUGUGUACAGCAAGUCCACAGCUAUACAGACAUGGCUGUUUGGGUAUGAGCUGACUGACACCAUCAUGGUGCUUUGCGAGUCUGCCAUAUGCUUUCUGGCCAGCAAGAAAAAAGUUGAGUUUCUCAAGCAGUUGGAGUCUGGCAAAGAGAAUGAGGCUCAAGCACCACCUAUAACCCUUCUUGUUCGGGAUAAGGCUGACAAAGACAAGGCCAACUUUGAAAAGCUAAUCGAAGCUAUCAAGAAAAGCCGUAAUGGCAAGGUGGUUGGUGAAUUCAGCAAAGACAAAUUUCCUGGCGAGUUUAUGGAUGCCUGGCGGUCUGCCAUUGCACCUGAAAAAUUUGACUUGGUGGAUGUCAGUGCAGCAGUGGCUUAUGUGAUGGCACCCAAGGAGGAGCAGGAAAUAGCCCUUACAAAGAAGGCCUGCCAAGUCACUGUGGAUGUGUAUGCCAAGUAUCUGCGGGACCAGAUCAUGGAGAUAAUUGAUGCUGAUAAGAAAGUAAAGCAUUGCAAGCUUGCUGAGGGUGUGGAUCAGGCUUUCCAGGAUAAAAAGUAUCUAGGUGGUGUAGAUCCAUCUCAAGUGGACUCCUGUUAUCCAGCCAUCAUUCAGUCCGGUGGCAACUACAACCUCAAGUUCAGCGUCGUCAGUGACAAGAAUAAUUUGCACUAUGGUGCCAUCACUUGUGCCUUGGGGGCCCGCUACAAAUCCUAUUGCUCGAACAUAGUCCGCACAUUGCUGGUAAAUCCUAACCAAGAGCAGCAGGACCUCUACGAAUUCUUAUUGAAGCUUGAGGAAGAAGUGCUUCUUGAGAAACUUCGAGAUGGAGUCAAGCUGUGCGAUGUGUUUGCAGCUGUAAUGGCCCGUGUGAACAAAGACCACAAAGAACUUGCUGACAAGAUGACCAAGAAUGUUGGGUUUGCAACUGGAAUAGAAUUUCGUGAGAGCUCUUUGGUGAUUCAGCCGAAGACCACAGCUGUUGCUCGAAAAGGUAUGGUCUUCAACAUCAACAUAGGCUUUUCUGGCCUUCCAUUGAAAGGAAGUGGUGAUGAAGGUAUCAAGACAUAUGCCCUUUUUAUCGGCGACACAGUAUUGGUGAAUGAAGGUCAUCCAGCAACGAUAUUGACACACAGCAAGAAAAGGCUGAAGAACGUUGCCAUUUUCAUCAAGGAUGAUGACGAUGAAGAGGAGGAGGAGGAGGAAAAGGAGGGCAAGAAACAACAAGAGGAGCCAAUCUUGGGGCGUGGAGGUCGGAGAACAGCAAUCUUGGACUCUAAGCUCAGGACAGAACAGUCGGCAGAAGAGAAACGUCAGCAGAACCAAAAGUUGCUUGCAGAACGUUUGAAUCAAGCAGCCAAAGACAGGCUGGCAUCACAGCGAGGUGUGCAAAAGGACGAAAAAGUGCGGAAGUCAAAUGUUUCAUACAAGUCUGUGAAUCAGAUGCCAAAGGAACCAGAAGUCAAAGAACUAAAAAUAUUUGUUGACAAGAAGUAUGAGACUGUGAUUUUGCCCAUAUUUGGCAUUCCAGUUCCUUACCACAUUUCUACAAUCAAAAACAUAUCACAAUCUGUUGAAGGGGACUACACCUACCUGCGGAUAAACUUCUUUCACCCUGGUUCAGCUUUGGGGCGAAAUGAAGGCAACGUCUUUCCUAAUCCAGAAGCGACAUUUUUAAAGGAAAUAACAUACCGAAGCACCAAUGUGAAGGAGCCUGGGGAACUUUCAGCACCCUCAUCUAACCUGAACACAGCUUUCAGACUGAUCAAAGAAGUUCAGAAGAAAUUCAAGACGAGGGAAGCUGAGGAAAGAGAAAAGGAGGGCAUAGUAAAGCAGGACACACUUGUGCUGAGCUCAAACAAAGGAAAUCCAAAGCUCAAAGAUUUGUACAUUCGGCCAAACAUCUAUUCCAAGCGCAUUUCAGGCAUCUUGGAAGCACACUCCAAUGGUUUCCGUUUCACUUCAGUACGAGGUGACAAAGUUGACAUCUUGUACAACAACACCAAGCAUGCCUUUUUCCAGCCUUGUGAUGGGGAGAUGAUAAUCCUUCUCCAUUUUACACUCAGGAAUGCCGUCAUGUUUGGCAAGAAGAAGCACAAUGACGUGCAGUUCUACACUGAAGUUGGAGAAAUCACUACGGAUUUGGGGAAACAUCAGCACAUGCAUGAUAGAGACGACCUUGCCGCAGAGCAGGCUGAGCGGGAACUGCGCCAGAAGCUGAAGACUGCCUUCAAAACAUUCUGUGAGAAAGUGGAGGCAGUUACCAAAGGAGAAAUUGAGUUUGAUACACCCUUUAGAGACUUGGGCUUCCCUGGUGUACCCUAUCGCAGCACUGUACUCCUGCAGCCAACCUCCGGUUGCUUGGUCAACUUGACAGACUGGCCACCAUUCAUCGUCACUCUGGAUGAAGUGGAACUGGUUCAUUUUGAACGAGUGCAGUUUCAUCUCAAGAAUUUCGACAUGGUGUUUGUGUUCAAGGACUACCACAGAAAGUGUGCCAUGGUCAAUGCUGUACCUAUGAACAUGCUCGACCACGUCAAGGAGUGGCUCAAUUCGUGCGACAUUCGUUACACUGAAGGCAUUCAAAGUUUGAAUUGGACCAAGAUUAUGAAGACCAUCACUGAUGACCCAGAGGGCUUCUUUGAGUCUGGUGGUUGGUCCUUCUUGGACCCGGAGUCUGAUGGUGAAGAAGGUGCUGGGGAUGACGAUUCUGAGGAAGAUGACCAGUAUAACCCUAGCGAAGAAGAUAACUCUGGUGAAGACGAAUCUGACUCUGAUGAUGACGACUCCGAGGACUACUCGGCCUCAGAAGUCAGUGAAGAUGAAGACUCUGGGGCUGGUGCCAUGGGAAGCAGUGAGGAGAGUGGGAAAGACUGGUCUGAGCUUGAAGAAGAAGCUAGAGAAGCUGACCGAAACCGCAAUGAGUUUGAGGACGAAUACACCAAGCGCAAGGGUGGAAAAGCACUGGACCGCAAACGUCCUGCUCAAGAUUCCAGAGGUCCAUCCAAGAAGGGCAUGGCAAGCCCUCAGAAGAAUGGUGGCAGUGCUAAACGGCGGCGUGACUCUGAUCACAAAGGCUCUGAUCAGCCUAAGAAACACAAGAAGUGAGACUAGGAAAAAUGUUGAGCUGGAAAAAGCGAAGGGUGGAGCCCUGUUCGUGUGUCAAGAGAUCAUCAGCCAACCUCCAAGCAGUGGUCAUGAACAGAAUAAGAACUAGUUUUUUCAGAGUAUAUGCGUGUUAUUCAUUUUAAGCUUUCUUUUGAAUGCUGUGAUUAAACUACAGUGCUGACUAUGGUGAACACAUUUGUUCUAUAUAUUCUACCAAUGUAGAACAAACGUGUUCAUGCUGUGACUUGCUGGGCUGCACUUUCUUCUGGCCUGUAAAAUAGCUCUUGCACGUGUCACUGUGUGAGGAGUGAAGUUUUGUCUGCUAUUUCUGUUGGCCAUUGUGCAGCACAUCAAAUGUGUAGCAUUAAAUUAAACUGCCCAAUAUCACUGUACAUACAUUUGGACAAAUAUUGCUCAUUCUGUCCCUUUUAUUCUCUUGUGAAUACACCACAAAAUAAUGACUCAUCUUUAGAGGUCGAUUCAUUAACAUUACAAAGUUUUGUGCCUCUUUUUACGCUUCAUUCGCUCUUUGUAUGUGCACACUUGUCAUGACUUUAGUUCGAUGUUGUGGUUUUACUUCAAGUUGAAAUAAAUGUUUUUGUAUUGCA